UGUUUUUGAACAUUUUUAUAGCGUUCAUAGUUAACCAUAAAAUUUUCUUAUCACAUUUGACGUUUUAUUGAUUUUCGACACCUAGAUCAUAAACGAAACUUUUCACUCACAAGUCGGGUUUGAAGAUGCAACAAACAUGUGUUUUCAAUUGUUUUGUGUUUUGUUUUCUAUUAGUAAUUUAUAUGGCAGAUUCAUCGCCCGACGCCAUUUCAAAUGAGGGAAAUAAUAUUAAACUUGAUGAUAGAGCUGAUGAUGGGAAAUCAAAUGAUGACGUCGCAAUUGACGAUGAAAAUCCAGAUGAAGCAGUUGCUGAUGAGACGAUGAUUGCAGAUGAAAACGAUCCUGUACAAGCUGAUGACCAAGACAAAAAUGAACCAAUGGAUGAUGGAAACGAAAAUAAUUUACAAGGUGAUGUUCAAGACACCACUGAACAAAUGGAAGGAGUUGAUGCACAAGAUGAUGUCCCCGAUGCUAAUGCACCAAUUAUUGGAGAAGAAAAAGCAAAUGAGGAACAGGGUGAUGCGCCGGUUGAAGAUGAUGAUGAAUCAAUUAAAACUGGCGUACAAGAUGACACUGUAAAACUUGGGGAAGAGGCUGAUGACAAAACAAAUGAAGACCAAAAUAAAUUUAAUGGACCUGAUACAAAUGAAAAAGUAAUUUCCACACUUGAGCGAAAAGCCUUCAACUUAAGCCCGGCUGAAAUAGAAAAGUUUAAACUAUGGCCUAACGCUACCGUAUCGUAUUUCAUCGACGAGUUUUCUUAUGACAAAGUUCUUCGAGACAAAAUCCGCGGCUACCUGGAUUACGCGGGACUUAAUACGAUGGUCCACUUCCAUGAGCUCUCUGAGCCUCCUACGGAUGAGGCCGAACGAUGGGUCUUAUUCGUAAAUCGAAGAGGCGCACUAGACUGCAAAGAUUAUUCCACUAAUUCCUUCACAAAUAAAGGUGUCCAGAAAGUGACAGUUGGCUACAAUUGCCUCAAGCACGGUGGACCUAUGGCGGGAAUAGUUUUGGCGUUGUUGGGUGUGCCGCCUCAACACAACUCACCUGAUCGUGACAAGUUCAUUACUGUUGCCACGGAACAUAUUCUGCCAGAAAAAGUGGGUUUAUUUAAUGUGUUAAGGAAUGACGAGUGGCUGUUCCAUGAUUUGGAAUAUGACUAUAGCAGUGCAGGCCACUACCCACCACAUAAAUAUACUGCAGAUGGAUCUAGCACUAUAUCUGCUAAGCCUGGCAAUUUGCGUAGUGGCAAACCUCAUGAAGAUUUUGAAAAUAUUUUAAACACUGAAGAAGUAAAAGAUUACAGUCACGGUGAUUUAAUAAAAACAUAUCUGCUUUACGGUAACAUUUUACGCAAGAAACAAUUGAAGGGUAUGAAACUUACGGACUGCAAAGGUUUAUUUCGACCGGGACCUGGUUUUGGAAAUACCAGAAUGACAGCGCCGAAAGAAUUGCCUGAAAUGCCAAAACCAAAACAGUACGUCGAUGCGGCGAAAAAGUUAUUCGGAGAAGAUUUUCUCAUGUUUGGUGGUGAAACCCUUAGUUCACUAGAAAGUUAAUAAGUGAAUUUGAAGAUCCAUUAUAUUGUAGCUAUAACGAAACCAAAGUAAUAAACUCGAAAAACUAACACCAUUAAAAUGUUAUAACGUUUUGAGAUUUUAAAUAAGUACAUACCAAAAUUUGAUGAUAAUAAAACUAUAUGACUGA